CAGCAGCAACAGCAACUACAGCAAGAACAUAUGGUCAGUGAUCACGUAUUAAAAAUAGAGUCCCACUUAUUGGGCAUUGCCAAAUCCUGCGAAUUGCUAUACAAUGAAAUCGUCCAUUUACGAAUGGUCGUAUCUAAGCAACAAGUGGUAAAAUUUUUUUUUCGAUUUUCUUUUUUUUUUAGAAAAAAUAACCGACGAUUUAAAAUUUUGGCUUUUUUCUUAAUUAGGCAAUGCAAGAUCUUGUCGAUGUUGUCUCCACCUCCAAAUUAAAUUUGAACUGUACUUGUUCAAAUAGCAAUAGUAUAACAAACGAACAAGACUUACAAAAUGCUGAGAAUCUCCGAUUACAAAUAUCCAGACUGAAAGAAAUUCAAAGUAUCAGCAGUAGCAAUAGACCUCGCUUGGAUACUCGCGAAAGGUCGAGUAGCAGUAGCAACAGCAGUGGCAGUGCCUUUACUCCCAAUGGUAGGCUCUUGCGCUUUGAUUCGAAUGACUCGACAGUCAAAAACUAUAGCAUAGAGAAUAGAUCGUUCAACAACAGGAAAUUGCCAGCACUCGAAUCAAUGCAGUCCUCUGAACAACACGAGCAAAUGAGCGAACGAAAAUCUUCUUCUUCAUCCAUUAGCUCAAACAACACAGCCUCAUUUUAUAACUAUCAUCAUCAAACUAAUAAUAAUAGCCCUAGUAGUAGUAAUAAUAAUAUUGAUAUAAAUAAUAAAUCGAGUAAGUAUGCUUGCUUUGUGGGCCUAGACUUUCCUUUUCUUUUAUUCACAUUAAUACAUUUUUAUAGACGAAAGAAACCCCUCCUCGUUUAUGAUGAGCUUUGGCAAAGAAUCUCACAUGUUAAACCCUGUUCACGACAAUGGUAGGCUUGAAGAAGAUAUCAGCGAUUAAACAAGCAGAAAAAAAAAGUUUAGUAAAGGCGUAUUACAACUUUUACCCUCACCCUAUUAUUCGUUUAUACCAUCUAUUGCUCCUUUUUGUUUUAAAUCUUCCCUUCAUCUUCUUUUGUAGAUUGUCACCUCACACUCGCACUCACACACACAUCACACACGCGAUAGUAACACCGUCAACGACAGGAAUUAAAACUCUCUUCUAUUGCUCUCAUUUGUAUUAUUCCCUUUUUUAUAAGCUUUCCUUUUUUUACAAGGUGUAGAGAUUAAAAG